UCCAAAUGUUGAAAGCAAACUUUCAACGAGCUUCGACAUGUUUUUCUUCAGUAACCCACAGAACUUCUUCCCAGAGCAGAUGGGUAGCGUGGGUGUCAGGAAUCCAAUGGCUCAAUCCCACCGUCCAGCUCUUACAGAACUUCCUCAACUCCAGCCGCUGUCCUGAGAUUCAGGGCUUCCUGUAUCUGAAGGAGGACGGUCGGAAGUCCUGGAAGAAGCUCUGCAUGUUCCUGAGGCGCUCCGGCCUCUACUACUCCACUAAAGGCACAUCGAAAGAGCCCCGGCACCUGCAGUUACUGUCCGAUCUCGAAGAGAGCAACGUGUACAGCGUGACGACAGGCCGGAAGAUGCACAACGCGCCCACAGACUUCCAGUUCUGCAUCAAGCCCAGUAAAGUUCGCAGCGAUGUGAAGGAGCUGAGGAUGUUAUGUGCUGAAGAUGAGCAGAGCAGGACAUGCUGGAUGACUGCUUUCAGACUGCUGAAGUACGGGAUCUUGCUCUACCAGAACUACAAGAUCCCCCAGCAGAGGAAAGCCCCGCUGGCACCCUUCUCUGCCCCAGUGCGGAGUGUGUCCGAGAACUCUCUGGUCGCCAUGGACUUCUCUGGGAGGACGGGGAGAGUGAUUGACAACCCGGUGGAGGCCCAGAGUGCUGCCUUGGAGGAGGGGCACAGCUGGAGGAAACGGAGUCAGAGAAUGAAUGUUUUAGGAAGCCCCAGCCCCCUCCACCCUUCCUCUCUAAGCUCAGUUAUCCACCGGACCCAGCUGUGGUUUCACGGCCGCAUCAUGAGGGAGGAAUCCCACAAGAUGAUCAUGCAGCAGGGCCAAGUGGACGGGUUGUUCCUGAUACGAGACAGUCAGAGCAACCCAAAGGCUUUUGUUCUCACACUGUGCCAUCACCAGAAAAUCAAACAUUUCCAGAUCUUACCUUUUGAAGAGGAUGGACAAAUCUUCUUCAGCCUUGACGACGGCGCCACCAAAUUCAGCGAUCUGAUCCAUCUAGUGGAGUUCUACCAGCUGAACAGAGGCGUGCUGCCCUGCAAACUCAAACACCCCUGCACCGUGGUGGCCUUAUGACCCCCCCGCCUCCCCCGCCCCUAGAGAUCGCCCAGCGCUGACCUCUGACCUCCCCUCUGACCUUUCGACCCCUACACAAACAGACAGCCCUGACGUGGCUCAUCGACUGGAUCUGUUCUGUGUCGUGUGCGGUCAGCUGUGACGGUGCCGCACACGCGCCGCUCUCCUCCCUGUAGAUGACGCUAAGCUGAGGACCGGGGACAGGACUCUCUCUCUCUCUCUCUCCCUCACACCGUCUCUCUCCUUUACACUCACACACACACACACACACACACACACACACACACACUUCUGGACUGGAUGAAAGCUCCAUGGAUGUGGACGUGGAGAAGGGGCGUGGCGGAUGAGAGGAAAAGUGCCCGCUCCGCUCCUCUCCUCUUCUCUCCUCUUCUCUUCUCUCCUCUUCUCUCCUCUGCUCUCGUCUGCAGAGCACGGGUCUCCCCUGAGUGACGGAUCAUCCUGCUCUCCGUCAGAGGUCAUCCUCUGUGUCCACCCAGAGGUGCUGUCCUCCCCUCUCCUGUCCUGUCCUGUCCCGUCCUGUCACCCACUACAGAGCAAUGCAAGACCACAUCCCAGGGCUGCUGCAGUCAGUCUGUCUGUCUGUCUGUCUGUCUGUCUUCAACAUCAGCCUGGACCUUCUACACAUUGUUUUGUUUUAUUUUAUUUUGUUUUGUUUUUUUCCACUUGUAAAGUGUUGCUUUACUUGACGACAUUUUAUUUUAUUACAGUUUGUUUCAUAGCUGAACUAUAUACAUAUACAAAAAUAUAUAUAUAUAUCUAUAUAUUUUUUUGCACUCCUGAGAUGACAACAGGUUUUCCCACUCGACAGAAAACACUGCGCUCUCGUUAUUGCUCCUCCUUCUCCUCUUCCUCCUCCAUCGGCUUCUCUCCCUCCUCCUGUUUUUUGUGCGGCGAGCGCCCGCGACAGGAUGCGUGCUGACCACGUGUGAACGACCCAACAGGCCCCGGAGAGAUGUCGAGAGUGCCGUCCGGCGUCCCGACUCUCAAUAAGUGAUCCCAGGAAGAGAGGAGAGAAGCGCCAUGGCGACAGUCUACCAGGGAGGGAACCGUUGUCUGGGAUCAGGCUGAAACAAGACAGGCUUUAGAGCAAAGGAUGGGUCGGGGUUGGGGGGAGGGGGGGGGGGUCAGUCAACUCAGGUGCUAGUAGCUGGGUGAGGUCCAGAUAACACGGGACAGAUGGCUACUCAUCAUCACGGCCCUGACGUCCCCCAGACACACAGACUCCACAGGCGUGAGGGGUGGUGGGGUUUUCACAGGCUCUGCACUGGAGCAGCUUUGCAGCAGUUUUCGGCAGUGAGCACUGGUAUGUAACCAUGGCAGCCGUGGCCGUUUGUACUAUCAACACAACAUUGCAAUACCAAUUUGACUCACACCAGCUCAGCUCAACGACAGCAUAUUACAGACUGAAAAAGGAGGAGAAUGAAAAGGGAGAGGGUGAUGAGAUCGGGUGCAAGAGAGAGAGGGAGAGAGAGAGGGAGGGAGGGAGGGAGAGAUGUCCACAGUAAAGUAGCCUUGAAAGAGAGCGAGGGAGAGAAGCUGUUUGUGCGUCAGUGUUUGUGGGGUCAUCACUGGCCUCCUGUUUCGUAAGAGCUGUCUCCUGCUUCUCUGCAGUGUCCAAGCCUGCACUCACUAAAACCCAUCCAUACGACUCUAUAUCUUUAAGUAUGUGAAGCUAUGGAAAAGAUGUAGAUCUAACACUGUAUUUUAGAUGGCCGAUCACUAUGUAAGAGUGGGAACUCCCACAGCAGAUGAUGAUUGAUUUGACUGAUUGAUUGAUUGAUUGAUUGAUUGAUUGAUUGAUUGAUUGAUUGAUUGAUUGAUUGAUUUUUCUGUGCAGAUUCUUUUUUUUCCAGUGCUCUGAUCCAGUGUGCAUAUUGAGUUAUCUGUUUUCGUUUGUAUGUCACAAAUUUACUUUUUUUAAGAGUAUAUUACAGUAUUAAAUUAAGCUUAUUUUUAGCCUCUGAAACUGGACUAACAGCAUGCCUCUGUAUCAGAUUCAUGGGAACACUUCAUGAGAAAAGUCUGACUUUAUAAGCUUGAUGGUAUCUUUUAAGACUUCAUGAACCAGAUUGUGAUGUGGCCAGAACUCUAAGCUGAAAUCCAGUCAAGCCUUGAAGCUUUCUGCCCUGUGCUUAACUCCCUCCAGCCACACACACACAUACACACAUACACACACACACAGACACACAUUCAUAUACACACACAGGCACACACUAUACUACACUUGCACAUUUGUAUUAAAGCUGUCGAUGUCAAGACAGUGUUGACCUGGUUCUGAGGGGUCCCACUGCUUUCAGGUCUUCUUCAGCAGACCCUCAUGCACGUCAGAGAGGUAUCUUCCCCUCCAAAGCCCAGAUAAGUUUAGCCUCAGGAACCCACUAAUAAUGUCAUAUCACUAGGGGCACAUUGUGGAUGUCGUCACAUUUGAGUAUAUUACACAUAACAGUAGCUUGGAAGAGAGUAGAAAACAGCUGCUCAGGCUGGGUUCAGGGAGAAAAACCUGAAGGCAUGGGGUCCCCCAAGGGUUGUGGUCAGGGGGCUCUGCUGUCUGUGACAUGAAUGUAAUUCAGCUGCUCAGGGUUCUGAGAGGGCCUGUUAGAUGCUGGUCUUCUGAUCAGACUCGGUUUCCAGGACCCACACUUAAAUAAGUGUCUUAAAGCAAUGUGCUGGUCUAGAAUGCCCUGCUCUCAGUGCUUGCGCAAUAUGCACGGGGAGGUGAAUGUGGACCCAGGUCAGCACACGCCACCUCGGACAGACUUUGCGAAGGGGGUCCUGGUCAGAUUAGGGUUCCUUUAUGUGAUGCAUACGGGAGACUCCAGGCCAAACCAGACUAGAUUCACAGGUGCCAUUAGUGCAAUAGCUGUCCACAACGUAGACAAGAGCAGAGCAUACAGUACAUUGUCACAUUCUUCUGUCACUUCCCCCCCCCAGUUCCCCGCAUCGCCAUCUCCACUACCAUGCACGUGCUGCAGGUGUGUCUUACUUCCCAGAGUCUGCACUGCUCCAUGGAGCCCGGAGCCUGCAGAUAUGCCACCCCUCAUUCACCUGCUGCGGUUACUCACACUAGAAACCAGCUUUGGACUCCUUAGGAACACAAGAAUAAAAGGAACAUGGAGAAAAACCCCAUGGUGUAUCAGGGAAUACUAAAUGAUUCGUUUUUUUUUUAUUUUGUUUUGUUCUGUUUUUUUCCUCAAAUUCAACUCCUGUGUUCAGCGCGCUUUGCUUGGUUUGGUAAAUGGCUGACUGGUUUUCCCAAUCACUAUUAUCACUCUCUCGGGUAUUUUUGUACAAAUAAGGGACUGAUAUAUUCUGUUUUAUUGUAAGUAGAAUAAAAUACAUUGAUAUAAACACUAA